AUGGCGCCCAUCAACACCAAGAUCACCAACGCCAACGCCAACGCCAUGCUCCCAACCCGCGUCUCCGAUGCAGGACCGCAACAAGGCCGCCACCACGUCCAAACUCCCGAGCGCUUCGAACAUCCGACCACCUCCAGCACCGCACCACCGACCUCCCCACUCUCCUCCAUGCCCUACUCCUCACCCCUCAACAACCGCGCCAAAGCAUCCACAGACCCAAGCGCCCCACCCCUCUCCUCCUACCUCAACACCACCUCAUCCGCCGACACCAUCCUCACCCGCGACUGGGACGACAUCCGCAACGACGCAAUGCUCAUCGUAGCGAGUCAAUACACCCGUGAAGAAGCCCUUGAGGUUAUAAAUAAAUCCCGCGCAGAAAUCACCUCUACAACAGGGUUAGACCCACCCCUCCCACCAAUAACGACCCGCCAACUCCACCAAAAAGUCUCCACAGCCAUCACAAUCGUCGCGAAUCGGAAUAACGUCCAGCGGGAGAUUUUCAAGGCUGCGUUUGAGAAGGCGAGGAAGGAGAAUGGGUAUUACUCGCGUCCUGGUGGGAGGGGGGAUGGGCUCGGGUACGGGGAUGGAGAUGAGGAUGUCAAGAGCUCGACGGGAAGGAAGGGAAAGGUGAGGAUGAAGGUGAAUGAAGCUGGAGGGAGUAAUGUGGCGAGGUUUAGGAUGGUGGUUGAUAGGAUGCCGGUGAAGAGGUGGGGGAGGAGGAAGGUUGUUGUGAGGAGUUUUACUGGUGGGGCUUUUGGGGCUGAGGUGUGGGAGGGCGGGUGA